GGAAAUGCAUGUGUUUUAGGCACGGUUUUACUGUAACAUCACUUCAUAAGCAACUGACAGAGUUGUUUCAGUUGAAGCUAAUGUGUAAAUUCUAACAUUACCUAUGUAAAGCCGCUUCAAAGCUCUGAUACGAUUUAUCACAGAUUUCUUGUAAUCAUAGCUGAGGCCUUAUGUGGACGCUAGACAUACAGGAUGACAACUGGGACGAAAAACAUUGACGAGAAGGUGCUGCAGUAUGAAACAUUUCUCAACGAGGUGUUGAAAAGGGAUUUGCAGAAAGUGUUGGAGCAAAGAGAUGACGUGUAUGAAAAGAUUGCACAGUAUCUGCAGCUAAAAAAUACAAUUGAAACCAUAAAGGACUCUGGAAGUAGUGAUCUUAAGACAGAGGUAGAUCUUGGAUGCAAUUUCUAUGUCCAAGCCCAUGUGCCCGAUGCCUCAAAAAUAUUUGUGGCUGUGGGAUACGGAUUUUUUGUGGAGUUCACACAUGCAGAAGCCCUGAACUUUAUUGAGAAGAAGACAAGUCAGCUCACAGCAUAUUCAGAGGUACUAACGAAAGAUUCUGCCAAAAUCAAGGCCAAUAUUCGCAUGGUACUAGAGGGUCUCCGAGAGCUUCAAGGUUUGACUGAUCUUCCUGAGCCAAGGAGGGAGGUCCUGUAGAGCUGUUGUAUGCUUUGCUAUUGGGCUUCAUGUCAUGUUUCAAACAUGGUCUUGUCUGUGCAAUAAAAUCUCACUCACUGUUAAAAUUGGCCUCCCAAUGGAUGCACCAAUUAUGUUUUCAUGUUGCUGUCUAGUUUGCAGUGAUUAAAAUCUAUAUUUUU